AUGGCUAGUGCGCUGUGGGGGUCUUCGCUGAGUGCAGGGUAUUGGCAGAAUUUCGGGAUCUUCGUCUUGACAUGCUUAUCCGAUGUUAUGAUCUCAUCCAACCCGGCUAUCUGGUUCGUCCGAUCGUGGGAUCGCGAGAUCUUCGCGAUCGCACGAUCGCACAGAGGCUUCUGGAUCUGCGAGCCUUGA